AUGGCAGCCCAAUUCGAGGACACGGUCAACAAAGCAGCCGACGAUGGCGUCGUGGCUGGAGGUGCGGCUAUCGCGGUGGACAAGUCUGGCAAGCUACUGUUCCAGAAGGCGUUUGGCAAGAUUGGUAUCGGAGACGAUGAUAAGCUGUUCACCGUGGAUUCAGUCAUGUGGAUUGCUUCGUGUACAAAGCUCAUGACCUCCAUUGCAGCACUCCAGUGCGUCGAGCGUGGCCUGCUCGAAUUGGACGGCCCCAUCUCGGCCAUCUUACCUGAAUGGUCAGAACCCCAAAUCAUCAUUGGGUUCGACGCCGACAACAAAGUGCCGAAACUUAGGCCGGCCACAAAGUUUAUUACGCUGCGUCACCUCCUAAGCCAUUCUUCCGGUAUGGCAUACCCCUUACUCAACCCUCUCUUGAGUCAGUACUGCGGCCAGUCUUUGGGGACAGAAAACAAAUCCAUCAAAGACCAAUACCUUACUCCGUUGAUCUACGAACCUGGUGAGGGUUGGGAAUAUGGUCCUGGUAUUGACUGGGCGGGAAAGAUGGUUGAGAGGGUCAACUCUGGUGUGAAGCUCGGAGACAUUUUGCAAAAGAAUGUUUGGGAUCCUCUUGGUAUGGAAAGUACGACGUUUCACCCCCUCCAGAGACCGGAGAUCAUGAAGCGGAUGGUGGGAAGGACAAGAAGGACUGAGACCGGUUCUUUAACGAAAGAUGAGACCGAAAUGUUUCUCGUCAGCGAACUAGAAGAUGACUUUGGUGGGGAUGGAACAUACUCAUCUGCCCGAGAUUUUACAAAGAUCUUGACGAGUUUGUUGAUGAACGACGGGGUGCUGCUUGGGCCAAAAAUGAGAGAGGAAUUAUUCAAGGGUCAACUAGCGCACCCAGAAGCGUUCAAAGCGAGGGCUGAGGAUCCGGUUAUGGGUGGCUUUCUGGCUCCAGGAUUGCCCAGGGAUCAAGACCGCAGAUGGGACUAUGGCUGUGGCGGUGCGGUACUUGUCAGCGCUGUUGAGGGUCAGGCUGGCAAGGAGUUACUUUAUUGGAGUGGAUUACCGAACUCAUUCUGGUUCAUCGAUCGUGAGCGAGGAACAUGUGGAUUCUACGGCAGCUGGUUGUUGCCUCCCGGUGACGCGCCUACUGGCAAACUCUUCACUGCUUUCCAGAGAGCGGCAUUUGCAGCAGUAGCCAAGUUGUAG